AACAAAAUGGAUGGCGGCAAAGCUGAACAACAAAGCGGUUCGCAACGGUCACAAUCUGAGUCAGUUCAGGUUCUGUCGCUCUUCACGUGACUCCGGGAUCAAAUCAAACUAAACUAAAUCAAAACUUCAAAUCUGAAGACUUUGAAGCGAAGUUUGAGGAAAAAAAGUGUCGUUUCCCGUCAGAGAGAACUGAUGUCGUCAUGGCUCCAAAGACAGACCAGCUCCUCGUCGUGGUGUCGAUCCUGGAAGGUCGUCACUUCCCGAAGAGUCCCCGGUUCAGCCUGGUGGUGCAGGCGAGUUUCGACGGCGAGCAGCUUGCCACGGACCCGGUGGAGCACAGCGAGCAGCCGCCGUUCGGCACCGAGCUGGCCUGGGAGCUGGACCGCCGGACGCUGCACCAGCACAGGCUGCAGAGAACUCCCAUCAAGCUCCAGUGUUUCGCCGUCGACUCGGUCAGCGGGAGGAAGGAGAGCGUCGGCUACAUCGUCCUCGACCUGCGCUCGGUGCAGGAGGUCAAACAGGAGCCGCGCUGGUUUCCGCUGCUGAGCAGUAAAUACACCAAACUGAAACCCGCCCUCCUCCUCGCCGCCGCGCUGGAGAACGACACCAAGUUCUCCGAGCCCUCUCCCGACAGGUUCAAAGCCAGGAAGGCCCCUCCCCGACAAGGUUCUCCUGCGGUAACGGAGCUGCUCCCCGACCGGCUGCAGGCGGAGCUGGUCCAGGACCAGGGCUACCACCAGGUGGGACCCGCGGACCACUGCACCGACAUGUUCGUCCUGUCCGUCACCGUCGCCUUCGCCACCAAACUGGAACAGUUGAUCCCCAGCACCAUGAAGCUGUCGGCGGAGGGCUCCGACUUCUUCUUCUACUACUCUUUACUGGGCAACGACAUCACCAGCGAGCCGUUCCACAACCUGCUGAGCCCCGACUUCGAGCCCGAGCGCGCCUCCGUCCGCCUGCGCAGCAGCUCACAGGUCCUCCAGGCCUUCCUGUCCCGCCAGCCCAGUCUACAGAUCCACCUUUGCUGUGGGAAUCACUCUUUGGGCGGCACCGACGUGUCGCUCUCCGCUCUGGCCGCCGUGUCCGUGGACCUGGAGAACAGGGCGGCGACGGUGGAGGGAGCGUUUGUGCUCCGACCGCCGACUCGCGUCAAACACACGCUGCCGGCUCUGCCAGCCGACCUGCAGCCGACCGUCGGCGUGGCCGUGACGCUGAGGAGAGAGGACGCCGCCGCACAGUCGUCAGGCAACAAAGAAGGAAGCGGCGCUCGGACUCGGUCCGUCCCGACAUCCGUCCCUCUUCCUCUUCCUCCUGCCGCUGCUCCCUCGGUUCCUCCUCCUGCUGAACCGAGACCUCGAAGCUCCUCUCCACUCCAGAAGCCUCCGGACUCUUCUCCUCCUCCUCCUCUUCCUCCACCUUCCUUCCACACGGAGAGCGAGGCGGAGAGUCUGCUGGAGGAGCUUCAGCGACCGACAGCUGCAGCUGCAGAUGUCGAAGUUCCCGACGCUCCAGUCGAGGCCGGAGCCUCGUCCGUCAGCGUCUCCGCUCCCAAAGUGUCCAUCCCCUCCUCCGCCCACCACUACAGCUUCUCCCUGGACCUCUGCAGCCUGGGAUCCCUCGGCCUGACGCACCCCGUCGCCGCCACGCUCAGAUACUCGUAUCCGUUCUUCGGCAGCGCGGCUCCCAUCAUGACCAGUCCUCCCGUGGAGCUGCAGAGGAACGUCGAGGCGUCGGUGCCUCAGUCCUACUGCGCCUUCGACUUCGCCGCGUUGCCUCAGCAGCUGCAGGACACGUUCCGCAGGGUUCCCCUGCUGGUGGAGGUUUGGCACAGGGACCCGUCCAGCAGGGACCAGCUGAUCGGCCGAGCCUCCGUCCAGCUGUCUCGCCUGCUGAGUGCCGAGAGGAGCAGACUCGCGACGUCGUCGACGGGAGAAACGAGCUGGAGGCAAACGCACCGGGACCGGAUCGCCGUGGUCGGAGCACACCGCCCCUCGGAGAAGGUCGCAGAGCUGAGCUACGUGGCAACGCUGGAGGACCUUGGAUUGGUCAAAGCCCGAGAGGUCGUUGUGUCCGACUCUUCACAGAAUGAACUUGAAGCCCCUACGCAACCGCCCCCUCUUACCGCUGCUGCUCCCAGCCGGUCCCCUGCCCCGCCGGGCCCCGUGGGCCCUGCAGCCCCCAGAGACACCCUGGAGUACCGCACGGCCCUGGAGCUGGAGCUGUGGAAGGAGGAGCAGGAGGAUCUGUUCGAUGAUCAGUUGAGGAAGAAGGAGCUGAGCCACAUGAGGGCACUGGCAGAGGAGUGGAGGAAGAGAGACAGAGAGAGAGAAGCUCUGAACAAGAAGAAGGAGGUGGAGUUCAACCUGCUGGAGGAGCAGCUUCAGAAAACUCUGGCUGAUCUGGAGAAAAGAGAGAAACAGCUGACGGAGGCCGAGCUCCAGACUCAGAGGCUGCAGCGGGACCUGCGAGCUGAGCACGAUCUCGCCCAGCGGGAGCUGCAGGAGAGCAGCCGGCGGCUGCAGCUGGACUGUGACCACCGGGCAGCGCUGGAGAGGGAUAAAGUGCGAGUGAUGGAGGAGGAGCGAGCUCGACUGCUGCAGCAGAUUUCCGAUGGCGAGUGUCGGUACAAGCAGCUGGAGAGAGAGUUCCAGUCGUACAGAGAACAACAGAACGUGAGGCCGGAGUUCAGGCUGCAGUCGGAGGUCAACCUGCUGACGCUGGAGAAGGUGGAGCUGGAGAGGAAGCUGGACUCCACCACCAAGUCCAAGCUUCACUACAAGCAGCAGUGGGGCCGCGCCUUGAAAGAACUGGCCCGGUUCAAACAGCGCGAGCAGGAAAACGCCAUGACGCGUCUGAAGAAGCAGCAGGCGGAGCUGGAGGUCCUGAGGCGACAUCACCUAGCAACAGAGGAGAAGGAGGCGGUGCAACAGGACCGACGGGAGCUGGACGACAUCAGGAACGACCUCAACAGGCUAAAGGAGGACAGGUCAGGCCCCGCCCCCGUCCCGCCUGGCCACGCCCCCAGCCCAGGUCUGAACGACAGCGCCGACGAGCACCUGAGCCGCCUGCUGGAGGAGCGAGACACGCUGCUGCGGACCGGCGUCUACACCCACGAGGACCGGAUCAUCGCCGAGCUCACCAGACGGAUACAGGACGCCAUGAGGAACCGUCCAAUCAGACGCGACCUCGCGCCCGACGCCAGGUAAACAAGGCUUUCAGGUCGUGAGAGUCGACCAGAAGUUGGUGCCUCAUCGGCUUCACACGGACGUUUGUUACUGUGACAGUUUAUGAUUAAGAUUUGUGUUAUGAAUUUAAAUUAAGAUGAAUUCUUUUGUUUGGUUAAACCACUUUGUCUCAGUCUGUAUGGAGUCCUGCAACCGACGAAAUGUAGCAGAUGUUUAUCUGCUGAAAAGAUCAAAAUCAUGAUACAAACAAACAGAAUCACAUUUAAUUCACUGAAGUUUGAAAAUAAUGUAAUUAUUGUUCAGUUUCUAAUAAUCUAUAUCUCACAGUCGUAAGAAAAAUAUAGAUGUUUUUAAUCAUCACUCAACUUUUCUGAUUUAAUUUUAGUUUUACUUCCUCUGUUUGUAAAUAAAAAUGUUCUUGAUAAAAAAUUUAAGCAUCAAAAUUUUAUGAAAUAUUGUAAUUUUUUCAAUUUCUUUUAUAUAUUCAGACAGGAUCUGGUUUUCUCCAAACUGUGAAAUGAAUUUCAAAAUGCUGAUUCAUAUUCUUUUUUUAUAUUUUGAAGAAAACAUAUUUUGACUCUACUAAUUUAAUAUGAACACAUUGAAACUGAAAAAAAAACAUAUUAGCCAAGUUGAACAUACAUGUGAAUUAAAUAAAGAAUAUUAAUAAAUAAUUUUGUUAGUUGAAUAAUUUAAAAUUAAGGGUCAAAAAAAAGUUUUAUACUUUACCUUUAAUAAAGUUGAGAUUAAAAAAAAUUCUUGCUUCACAUUAAUAAUUCAUACGAUUUCAGUUUCCCUUGUGAUUCUUUGACGAGAUGAGAAGGUUAAGUUUAUUUUUUCUUGUUUACACUUUAUUUUAUUUAUUUAACUAAACUCAUUUUUAUUGUUAAGUUUUGUCAGUUGCAGGACCCCAUACACACGAAUCACUAAAGAAAAACAUGAAAUAUUUAAGACGACAGUCGAUCAAACAAAAUAAAUUAAUUUAUUUACAUUAAACCAAACUGAUAGAACGAGUGAUGAAACUGUACAGAUGUGACUGUUUUUUUUUUAUAUAUAUAUUUAUGUUUAUAUGAAGCAGAUUUCUGACGUCUUUUCUUUCCUUCUCCUGCGAAGUGUUAAGUUUUUGUUAAUUUUAAAAUGAUCUUCAGUGGAAAUUUUCAAACUUCAUGUCGACUGUUCCGCAUCGGAAACAACAGAUCAACGAAUCAGCGGACAGAAAAAUCAUCUGUUACUUAAUUUUUUGUCUUUUUAGGUAAAAAUGUUCAGGUUGUCACUACUCACAUAAGAAUAUUUUCAUCCUUGGUUGAGGAGGUAACUAACAUAUUCAUGUAUGAAUCAGUCAUUAAUUUGAGACGCUGUGGCCUCCUUGGUGACGUAAGAACCUUUCAAAGAAAAUGUCAAAUUACAGAAUUUAUUAAUUAUAAAAAUGUUUUCUAAUGUCUAUUUUCAAAAACACUGAUUUAGUAGAGGAUGAAGAAAAACACGAAUAUUUACUUCGACCAGUUUGAACUUGUGAAACUUAUUUCCGCUUUUUUUAUUAAAUUGAUUUUCAGAAGAAUUUCUGCUUAAUAUUCAGUUUAAUCUUCAUAUGUGUGUUUUUGAAAUUCGUCACGCUGAUGUGAACUUCUCCUGCUGUGUUGGUUGUGGUGUCGGACACCAGGGGGCGCUGCCGCCUCAGGAAACGCCUGCGAACGCUCGUCCGAGACUGUAAUUUAUUAUUUUAUCAUCGGAGCAGAAAACGACUCUGAUCUUGUUCGUCUGCAAUAAAUUAUUUCUGGGAUAAAAAUCUGCAGAGUGAGUGAUUAAUGUGUGGGUUUCAAUAUUUCUCUGUUUUUACUAAAGUUAUUACAGAACAAAGAGAGAACAAAUAAAAAUCUAUUUAAUUCA